AUGGGUGAGAGGAAGAAGAUGAAGGUGAAGAAAGGAUGGUUGGCAGUGGAAGUAGGGUUGCAAGAGGAGGAAGAUGGAAGAAUAGAACGUUUUGUGGUUCCAAUUUCCUAUUUGUACCACCCUCUUUUCAAGAAGCUUUUGGACAAGGCUCAAGAAGUCUAUGGCUACCAUGCCAAUGGCCCGCUCCGGCUCCCAUGCUCGGUCGACGACUUUCUCCAGCUCCGGUGGCGGAUCAAGAAAGAAUCCGACCAACACGAUGGGCAAAAUGAUCGCCACCGCCACCGCCAGCACCACCACCACUACCACCUUCCAUUGGCUUUGUCUUUCCAGUCUUGCUGA